AUGUCAGGCGACGCAUUUACAAAGCCCGAGAAGGACUUCUCUAAAGAGGCAGAUAAAAUAAUACCAGAAGCCGAAUCGUUAGCGAAGAAGAACCUCCAGCAAGGUGUAGACAAACUCACGGCACUGGAAAAACAAUCUCGACAAUCGUCCGAUCUCGCGACAACAUCCAGAGUUUUGACAACCAUUGUGACAAUUUGCAAGAAUGCUGGAGACUGGAGCUUUCUAAACGAACAGGUCAUUCUUUUGUCGAAGAAACAUGGCCAACUCAAGCAAGCUAUAACCAAGAUGGUCCAAGUGGUGAUGAGUUUCUUGGACGAUGUACCGAAUACAGAGACCAAGCUCUCAAUUAUUGAGACGUUACGGACAGUAACAGAAGGCAGAAUCUUUGUAGAAGUUGAACGAGCACGAGUAACGCGAGCUUUGUCCGACAUCAAGAAAUCACAAGGGGACAUCAAUGCUGCACGAGACGUUCUAUGUGAACUGCAAGUUGAGACUUUUGGCUCUAUGACAAGAAGAGAGAAGACAGAGUUUAUCCUGGAGCAAGUUUCUCUGUGUAUAGAAAGUGACGACUGGACACAAGCUGGUAUACUCAGCAGAAAGAUCAGCACAAGAUAUUUUGCACGAAAGCCAAAGAAGACCCCCGAGCAACUGGAGAAAGAGAAGAAGGAACGAGAAGAGGCAGAGAAGAAGCGUGGGCCUGACGAAGCUCCUCCAGAACCAGAAGACGAUGUUACCGAUCUCAAACUGCGCUACUAUGAGCAGCAGAUCACUCUUGCAAAGCACGAUGACAAAUACUUGGAUGCUUGCAAACACUACAGACAAGUCCUGGACACAGAAUCGGUCGAGAACAACCCAGAACAGCUGCAAGCAGUAUUACAACGAGUCAUCUACUUCAUCCUUCUUGCCCCAUACGACAACGAACAAUCAGAUCUGCUGCACAAAAUCAAUCUCGAUGCUCGAAAUUCUGAGGUACCUAAAGAUCAGGCUUUGCUAAAGCAAUUCACAAUCUCGGAAUUGAUGCGAUGGCCAAUGGUUGAAGAACGAUUUGGCAAGCACUUGUGCAGCACAGACGUCUUCUCGCAGACGCCAGAUACGAAAGACCCAAAAGCAAAUACCAGAUAUGAGGCUCUCAGACAACGAGUUAUCGAACACAAUGUUCGAGUUGUAGCGAAAUACUACACGAGAAUCACCUUCGGCCGACUGUGCGAACUACUUGACCUGUCAGAGGAGGAGACGGAGAAGUACAUCAGUGAUUUGGUCACCAAGAAGACAGUUUAUGCAAGGAUUGACAGACCUGCAAGAGUGGUGAGCUUUGAGGUCAAGCGAGGUCCUGAUGAAGUCCUUGAUGAAUGGUCUAGCAGCAUGAGAGGCUUAUUGCAGCUGCUCGAGCGAGUCGGUCAUUUGAUGCAACGAGAAGAAAUGAUGGCUCGGAUACAGCCUAGUGAGAAGAAGGAGGCCGGCAAAUCAAAGGCUUGA